AUGCCCGGCCUGCUGAACCAGGGGACAGGGGCAGCCCUGCCCCUCACCGCCUCCGAUGUCACCUCCUUCGUCAGCGGCUAUGCCCUGGGCCUGACAGCCUCCCUCAUCUAUGGCAACCUGGAAGCCCAGCCCUUCCAGGGCCUCUUCGUGUACCCGCUGGAUGAAUGUACCACAGUGAUAGGCUUUGAAGCAGUCAUUGCUGACCGCGUGGUGACGGUCCAGAUCAAGGACAAAGCCAAGCUGGAUAGCAGCCAUGUCGAUGCCCCUCGUGUCCGCUGCACACCUGUCAUAGGAAAUAUUCUGCAAGAGGGGCCGCCUUUCGCCCCUCAUUCCUGCACACCAGGAAAGGUGGCUUUGGAUGAGGAUUUGGAGCGGAUCCUGUUCGUGGUCAACCUGGGGACUAUUGCCCCAAUGGAGAAUGUGGCCAUCUUCAUCAGCACCUCCUCCGAGCUCCCGACUCUCCCCAGCGGGGCCGUGCGGGUCCUGCUACCGGCUGUCUGCGUCCCAACUGUGCCCCAGUUCUGCACUGAGGGUGUGGGCCCCUCCACCCAACAGCCCCACAGGACCGCACAUUGCUUUGGACUCCGAACCCUGGACUCUUGGAACAAGCUGUGCCCUGGCGACUCUCCCUGAACACAGAGGUGUCCAAACCCCAUGGAGUAUGAGUUCAAUUCCAGCUGGAUGGAGAUCCGGGGGCCGUGCUGCUGGCAGGGCAGGGAGAGUCCCACCCAUGAGAUCCGUGCUGAUGCCGCCCCAUCUGCCUGCUCAGCCAAAAGCAUCAUCAUCACCUUAGCCAACAAGCACACCUUCGACAGGCCCGUGGAGAUUCUCAUCCACCCGACCGAGCCUCACCUGCCGCAUGUCCUGAUAGAGAAGGGGGACAUGACCCUGGGAGAGUUUGACCAGCACUUGAAGGGAAGAACGGAUUUCAUUAGAGGGAUGAAGAAGGACAGCAGUGCAGAGCGAAAGACAGAAAUCAUCCGGAAACGCCUCCACAAGGACAUUCCCCACCACUCCGUCAUCAUGCUCAACUUCUGUCCUGACCUCCAGUCAGUCCAGCCCAACCUGAGGAAGGCCCAUGGGGAAUUCAUCUUCCUUGUUGAUAGAAGUGGCAGCAUGAAUGGGGCCAACAUCCACCGUGUCAAGGAUGCUAUGCUGGUGAUUCUCAAGAGCCUCAUGCCAGCCUGCCUCUUCAAUGUCAUUGGGUUUGGAUCCACAUUUAAGACUCUCUUUUCUUCCAGUCAAACCUACAGUGAGGAGAGCUUGGCCAUGGCUUGUGACAAUAUCCAGAGAAUGCGGGCUGACAUGGGUGGCACCAACAUCCUCUCGCCUCUCAAGUGGAUCAUCCGGCAGCCAGUGCACCAAGGCCACCCACGGCUGCUCUUCCUGAUCACAGAUGGUGCCAUCAACAACACCGGGAAGGUGCUGGAGCUGGUGCGAAACCACGCCUUCUCCACCAGAUGCUAUAGCUUUGGAAUUGGACCCAACGUUUGCCACAGACUGGUGCAAGGGCUGGCAACUGUUUCCAAGGGCAGUGCUGAGUUCCUGGUGGAGGGGGAGCGGCUGCAGCCCAAGAUGGUCAAAUCCCUGAAGAAGGCCAUGGCCCCUGUCCUGAGUGAUGUGACUGUGGACUGGGUCUUCCCUGAGACCACUGAAGUCCUGAUCUCACCUGUCAGCACCAACUCCCUUUUUCCUGGAGAACGGCUGGUGGGGUAUGGCAUCGUGUGUGAUGCCUCCUUGUACAUCUCCAACACCAGAUCUGACAAAAGGCAACAGUUUAGCAUGCUGCACUCUCAGGAAUCCAGCAGCUCCGUUUUCUACCACUCACACGACGAGGGGCCUGGCCCAGACAGCAGAGACUGUGCCAAGAGCUUGGGGGCACCUGUGAACCUGGGGAAGACCCAAGAUGCCCGGCCAUCCAGCGGAGACUCUUCCACCAACCCUGGUUUGGACCUCUCCCAGCGACGGCGGGCAUAUAGCACCAACCAAAUCAGCCACCACAAGCCUUCCCCAAGAGCCCCCACAGCCAGUGAUCCCACAGUUGCUCUCAGAAGAUACCCAUUGCAGAAAGCCAAGCUGCAGGACCUCACCAACCAGAUCAGCCCGGAGACCCAGCAGUGGCAGAUUGAUUUGCAGCCCUUGCUGAACAGUGGCCAGGACCUGAGCCAGGGCCCCAAACUCCGGGGCCCAGGGGCCCGCAGGCCCUCUCUGCUGCCCCAAGGCUGCCAGCCCUUCCCUCCCUCAGGCCUGGAGUCCCAGGCCUGGAGCCCUAUGCCAGAGCUGGAUCCUGGGCCCAGCCUGAAGCCUGCCUCAGACAGCCGCAGCCCCAGGGACCCGGGGCUGUCCCAUCACUCUCCCUUCACCUGGGAGACCGAGACAUCUUCCGACUGGGAGCCCCAGGCCGAGCCCGAGGAGCGUCCCAGUCCCCGCAGGCGGGCCGCCCCAGGCCCCGUGAUGGGCAAGGCCGUGGUCAGGGGUCUGCGCGACAGCCAGCGCCUGCAGUGGGAGGUGAGCUUCGAGCUGGGCCCCUCCGGGCCGGAACCGGGCGGCGCGCGCGACGCGGACCUGUGGAACGAGACCUUCCACCACCUGGCGGCCCGCGCCAUCAUCCGCGACUUCGAGCAGCUGGCGGAGCGCGAGGACGAGAUCGAGCAGGGGUCCAGUCGCCGCUUCCAGGUGAACGCUGUGCACACCAGCAAGGCCUGCAACAUCAUCAGCAAGUACACAGCCUUCGUGCCCGUGGACAUGAGCGAGAGCCAGUACCUGCCCACCGUGGUGGAGUACCCCAACUCCGGUGCUGCAUCACGGAUGAACAGCUAUCGGCUCCUGACCCGACAGCUGAGGAGCUCCUCUGCCAGCUCCGGACGAUCCCAGACAGUGCUUGGGGACGACUCGGCAGCAGGAGAUAGCAAAUACCAGAACCUAAAUGGGGAGGAAAACCUCACUGCUCCCAUCAGCGAGACCCUGUCCUCCGUCCGUGAGAGGCACGUCGAUCCUGAAGGUCCCCUGUGCAUUCCGGCCACCAACACCAUUUCUUCCAUGAAGGCCUCAGAGACUCUGCUUGGAUCCAGGCUGAACGUCCACAAGUCCAGGCUGCUGACUCGAGCGGCCAAGGGCUUCCUGCGCAAGCCACUGCUGAAGGCUCCAGAGUCAACCUCGGAGAGCCAGAGCUACGACUACGUACCACUGGUGUCUAUGCAGCUGGCCUCUGGAGCCUUCCUGCUCAACCAAGCCUUCUGCGAGGCCAUCCACAUCCCCAUGGAGAAGCUCAAGUGGACCUCGCCCUUCACCUGCCACCGAGUGUCCCUCACCACCCGCCAGCCCAAGCCUAAGAGCCCAAGUCCCCAGCAGUGCACCAGCCCCUCCCCUCAGCACUCCUCCUGCGACAGCUUCUCUCCGGAGCCUCUAGCCGAGGGCAAGCCAGGCAUGGAGCCCAGGGCUGCGGUGGAGCACACGGGGAAGCUGUGGGCCACGGUGGUGGCGCUGGCGUGGCUGGAGCACAGCUCGGCCUCCUACUUCAUUGAGUGGGAGCUGGUGGCUGCCAAGGCCAACACGUGGCUGGAGCAGCAGGAGGUGCCCGAGGGCCGCACGCGGGGCACGCUCAAGGCCGCUGCCCGCCAGCUCUUCGUGCUCCUGCGGCACUGGGACGAGAACCUCGAGUUCAAUAUGCUCUGCUAUCACCCGAAUUAUGUGUAG